UUUUGUUCCGUUUUUACAGCCCCCCUCUCUUCAGUUCCGCAGCUCGAUCGAUAUAAACCUGUAGAUAAAGAUGAGCUCUCUGUCGCAGGAGAUCCAGGGGUUUUCCACGGCUCGUCUGAGGAAGCGGAGCACGAGAGUAACGACCGUGACGGGAGAGAAGCUCCUCGAGACGCGCAGCGGUGGUCUCUUUCACGUGACGCGCGACACGGAGCGCGAGAGUAGCGACGCGUGCGGGUUCGUGCAGGACUCGAGCCUCGACCUGCAAGUGGGCACCAUUACACCAUUCCUCCUACUCUCGUCACAGGAUGCUGCUCAUGAUUUAGACACGUUGAAGAAAUUAAAGGUGACUCAUGUGCUGAAUGUGGCGUAUGGGGUUGAGAACGUGUUCCCUGAUCUCUUCACGUAUAAGACUGUCACCGUGUUAGAUCUUCCAGAGACAGACAUCACCUCUUACUUCCCCGAGUGUUUCCAGUUCAUCAAGGAAGCCGGUCAGCAGGGUGGGGUGGUGUUGGUCCACUGUAACGCCGGUGUCUCUCGCUCUGCUUCUGUUGUCAUCGGGUUCCUCAUGUCCCAGGAGAACAUGUCCUUUGAUGAAGCCUUCAGCGCUGUGAAAACCGCCAGGCCUUCAAUUCAACCAAACCCAGGCUUUAUGAAACAGCUGAAGAAGUAUAAUCCAUGAUGCCACUCAAAGUCUGCUUUUAUAAUCCAAACAUGUAAAUGUUUUUCAGAUUUCACACAGUACUUGAUGAGUAUAUUAGAAAUGUGUU